AUGGUCAAUCAACCCGCCAGAGUUCCCACCUCAACCCCGGCUCUUGCCAGGUUCCUCCCUGCUGCAAUCACCGUCGGCAUUGUCUCCGCCGUUGUCCUGAACAUCCGCUCCCAACUCAAGACCGAGUCCCAACAGAUGGACCGCUUCUUCUCCAAGUACAACAAUCCCCAGAGCGAGGCCAACCGCCAAAAAGUCUAUGAGGGCUCUCUCGACGACCCACGCAGGAGCUGGUAUAACGCCCUGGGCCGAUAA